AUGUCAGAACUAGAGCAUCGCUCAAGAGCAGGCGAUGAAAGGCGCGAUCAGGGCGUCUUCCGUGUGAAGCGCAAGCAUGUCCUGAAAGCCUGCGAUCGUGUGAUGGGAAGCAGCCCUGCAAUCGGUGCUCCGUAUACAACCAUCCGUGUCUGUUCCGGGAGAGGAAAGCCACUCAAACCAAAGUUUACUCUCGAGGAAGAUACCCAGGCUAAUCAAAUCGCGACUCGUACAUCUAGAUUCGUUGAAAUGCUGGAGUCCCACCACUCCCUCGUCGUCAAAGCCCUCCAAAAACUCUACAAGUUCUGCGUCAACAACGAAGGCUUCCCCGGAGAGCCUCUCGCCGAGGCGCCAGACGGACAUCCGUUAACACACGCCAUUCUCGAUCGACUGGGCCUCAUCAAGCAAGCCGAAGAAAACGCGGAUGAACUAGAUGAGGAUACUGAAGACCUCCGCUACCUCCGUCUCCUAUCCACAUCGACCGAAUGCAGCGCAACAGCCGAGCCAUCUCCCGAGCCUGUCACACCCCCAGAGCCCUCGCCCGCAUCUCUUCCCGGGGCUCUGUCUGCAAUCCCAUGCCCAGUUCCAUCAUGGCGCGCACGCAGUCAAACUGGCCACAUCGGGGCUUCCGCUGUUCCACAUACCAUGCACCACGACCCGUCUUUCACAUACUAUCUUGAGGGUGGCUGUACCGCUGCCGAUGCCCCAGCAGACAUCAAGCCCGCCACAAGAAUGCAUGGCAUGAUGCCGGAGCAUCAACAUCAGACAGGGAAUAUGCCAGCUGAGAUGAUCGGAGACUUUCCAUUUCAGGGCCAGGAAGCUCCCUUCUUCCCUGGUUUCACAUCUGGUUGGUCCUUCCCGCCGGGUUGA